GAAAUAAAAUAAAUCAAUGUGAUCGAUGAUCGAAAGAAAAAAAAAAAACAAAAAAACGAGCAACCGUCAAUUGUUUCCCUUGCACAAAUAUUAAGAUGGAAAGAUUAAGAAAACGGGAAGCUGACUAUCCGUUCGAGCCCCAGAUCAACCGAUGACGGAAAGAGAGUUGCGGAAGGCGCGAGCGUUGCAACCCGAUUUGGACGACUCGACUCUGAGGAAAGUAACGGAUAAAACGCGUAGAGAAACGGAAUCGAGGGCGGAGAAGAGAUACUCGUGGAUGCGCGAGAAAGUUGUCGAGGAGGAGAAGGAAAUUCACUUCACGGAGACAGUGAAAGAUUCAACGGCCGAGUCAGAGCCUGAAGAGGAGUCUGAAGAGGAGCCAGAAGUCUCUAAGGAGCCUGAACCUCCAAGCAAAGCCGAAAAUCCUGCGAAGAAUCCGGAACCGGAGCCAACGACGCAACCUGAACCGGUUAAACACUCGGAACCCGUGAAUCAAACUGCCAAAGAACCCACGCCUGAACCCGAACCUAUCAAAGAACCCACGCCCGAACCUGAACCUAUCAAAGAACCAACGCCAGAACUCGAACCCGAACCCGAACCCGAACCCGUGAAAGAACCAACGCCCGAACCCGAACCGCUUUCAGAGACGAAAGAGUCGAAGGAGGAAAACUUAGCGAAGGAAGAUGCGGAAAAGAGAGUGGAAGAGGAAGAAACGGAGGAUGAAGAAGCGGUAGAAGAAGAGGUGGAAUCGAAGGGAGAGGUUAACGAAGCUGUAAGUGAGUCAGAGGAAGAGGAGGAGACGCAGGAUGAGAAGCAGGCAACGACCGAGGAUGUGAGGCAGGAUAAGGAGGAGGCGGCAAAGAGAAUAGAGCAGUACCUUAUCAACGCUGCCGAGCAGGCGAGGACCGAGGAGGAGCGGAAAAUAGCCGCGGAGGAGGAGCGAACGAGGUUAGAGUUGGAGGAGGCGAAGGCGUGGGAGCAGCUGCAAAUAGCGCAGGAGCGGGUGGCCCAUCUCGACGAGAUUAUCGAGCAAGAAAAAACGGAGGAAAAGAGGAAGGCCGAGGAGGAGAAGAUCGAAGCUGACCUGUUGGAAACUCGAAAGAUACUCGAGGAGGAGAGAAAGUUAGAGGAGGCUAAAACGGCGGCUCUGCUGGCGGAACAGGAGCGGAUGCUGAUCGAGGAGCAAUUGGAGAAAACACGGGAGGAGGAGGAGAAGGAGGAAAGGUUGGCGAACGUCACCUUCCUCGAACAGGAACGGGAAGUGAAGAGCGUCGAUCCUUGCCGCGACGACGAGAUCACGUGCGACGUCACCGAUCAAGAUAGAGAGGAGAAGCCCUACGAUCCGAUCACGGACGACGAGACGCAGAUCGAGGAGGAGGAAGCGCACGAGGAAUGCGAGUGCGACAUGGCGGAGAAUCCUUUCGUGGAGGAACCGGAGGGGGCGGAGGGGAAGGCAGUGACUGGUGGGAAUAGCGUGGAGGAAUCGAAAACGGAAGAAGCGACAUCGGGCGGAGAGGAGAGUUUCGUGUGGGGCGACGAAGAGGAUUAAAAAAAGGAAAUUCCUCGUUCGAGAAAUCGUUCUCUUUAAACAAUCGCGACUCGUUGUUCGCACGGUAUAUAAAGGAAAGGAUGUAAUUUGUAAAAAAAGUUCAAGUCUCUCUCUUUCUCUCUAUUCUCGAUCAUCUGUCGUUUAAUUAUAUACUCAUUCACGAUUCUUUUUUUCUUAUCUUUCAAACAAAAAAUCGCUCGAUCUCGAUCUUUUGUCGUGUUUCGCUUGUCGUAUUGCACUCGUGGGAAAAAUUUUCACGAAUUUUGAUGAAAUUGAAAAUUCUUUGCAUCAUCUUACGUGUUCAAUUGUUAUUAUAUUAAAUCGUUGAACGAUUUUACGAUUUUACGAUCUCUCUAUCCCAGUUGAUUCUAUUGUAUCUGGGUAUCUCUCCGAGCUUGUGCAAAACUUAUACAAAGUAGAAAGUUGACGAGGAAAAAAAAGGAAAAAAAAAAAAAAAGACAAUUUCUCUUUCUUGGAGAAAACAAAUUGUUUAGUAAGUUUUAUCAAGUUGUAGAAUAUAUAUGUUAUGUGUAUUUAAUUUUAUGUAAUUUAUCUUACAACAACAUCGUCCAGUUCCAACUUAUUUCUCUUAAUCGAUAACGAAAGGGAAUGGUUUGGUUAGGUCUUACGUAACGUGUAUAAAUAAUGCACAUCCCGCUAUAAUUGGAAAAUGGUAGCUAGUAUACAGGAAAUUAUUAAUUUCAUAAACGAUUAAGCUGGAAAUGGAAAAGUUGAAUGAAAUUUUAUAUAUAUAUAUAUUUAUCUACGCGACGUUUUCUUUCGAUGCUCUUUCGAUUCUUUCGAUGCGUCUGAGAAAAAAAAGAAAAAAGAGAAAAAAAAAAGAAAAAGAAAAAUGGAAAAAAAAAUAUUUAUUAAUUAUCACACGCUGUUCAAUUACAACACUCGAUUAAACACUGCACUUUUCAUACUUUUAGCACUUUCCUGUAUAUUUCUAUAAUACGUAUUUUUGAUUAUGUAUACACACUUCUCUGGCAAUAAAUAUAUGUUAAAUUAA